UGAACUUAACUGUCUUCUUCAUCCAUUAGACACAAUAACCAGUGCUUGUAAGUCAUCGCUUAAAGCAUUGAAAACUUCACAAGGGAAUCUUUUCGGUAAAGACUGUGUUGCUGCUAACAUUGUUGUUCAGCUUAACAAACUCCGUUACAAGGAUGGUAAAGGUGACCCGAAGGGUUUUGUUAUAUUUUUGGAUAACAACAAGCUCCCUAGAGGACUACUACCUCGCUACAGGGGAAAUUGACUACACAUCCUUUUUCACACGUGUGGAGUCUUAAUUCAUUACUAUGCUCUGUUGAGAACUUUCCUGCAUUCUGGUGUGGUUUCAUGUGGAGGACUGAGAAAUAGCUUACUCCUAGACUUCACAUCAGACACUGGUAUACGCGAGCUGUGUGCUAUAGGUUUAAUGGGAAAAUUAUUGACCGGUCCUUGGAUGACCAAUUUCUAUGUUGCACAAAGUGAAGUUGACUUUUUGUCUGGUGUUGAAGUGGUUAAAGGUGUUCGCAACAUUCUUAUUGAGAGUCAGAAGAAUGCUCUUUCUUUAUUAAACCGAACAACAGACUUUUUUGGUGGUUGUAUUAAUGAUCCGGUGUUUGAUUCUAUUGUUAACUUUUCUCCAAGAACUAAUGAAAUGAAAGACGCAAUAGUCUGCUGUUUGAGUGCUGUUGUUAAUGUCAUUGACCGGCAAUACAAGCGACUGUUUAACUUGAAUACAACUGAUAAACUUAAAGCCCAGACAUUAUCAGCACGACUUCACAAUAUUGACUCAGAAGAACUUAUGGGUAUGUUUAGUGCUGCAAAGCAAAAAGCACCAAAUGCUACACUCUGUUUCUUAUCAGCAAAACUGCGUGCAUGCAAAAAUAAAACCACCGAGUUCCUCUAUGAAAAACCUAUUGAGGUUCGAAACAAAUUGAUAUUAUGGGCCAUAUCCACUGCUAGAAAAAAGCGAUUUGCAAACAUACAAAAACAUGAGGAAUUGAAGAUAGAACUGAUUAAACGAAUGGCUGCCAAGCUUCAAAAAAAGGAGGAAAAAGAAAGAAAAAAUGUAGAAAAGAUUUUAAAAAACUGUGUACCUCAGCAAAUAAAAAUACUGUUUCCUGAUCUUGAAAAUAACGAGGCUGCAGAUAUAGAAGAUAUUAUUUUUGGUGAUGUUAUUGGACGAAAUAUCUGCCACAUGUGGUAUGAUUCUGUCACAAACACUCAGGAAAUCUACUACGGGCGAAUUCUUAGAUUAAAAAAAAACAACAUUGGUGUAUAUAUCAUUUCUUACUGGAAACCAAAGGAGUGUGAGGACGAGGAUGCUAUUGAGUAUGAUAUGAAUAAAUAUCAACUGUCUGCAGAUAUCAUAUGUGGUGAUUUGGCGUUAUCAGAUGAUACGAGAUCAAUGCUUUAAUGAGAUAAUGCGCAUCUUUAAACUUCUUUCUAUUGGUCAGCUAAACUCUUCAAAAAAAUAAAACGGCUAUUUUCAUAGCCACAAUUUUCUUGAGAAUAUUAUUAGGCAUUAUUUAGGCCCUCAGGACUUUGUGAAGCCCCUAAAUACUAAUUAAAAAUAAAAUAUUAACUAUACAAAAAAAUAGAUAGAAGAUAGAAAGAAGAUAGAAGUUAUAAAUUAAUGCAUAUUUUUUUUUUUUGUUUUUUUUAUGUCGUUUUUUAUAUUUAUCGUUAUUAAUAGUUCACAUAAACAAUCUCAGAAAAUAAGUUUCUUAUUC